GACUGGUUCAACAGAGUUUGAUUUUCCUUCUCUGAUGUUCGAUGACCCAGACUUCAACUACCUCCAAUCUCGCCAGAUGUUUCUUGCCGUCAAAGACGACUGCAGGGAGCAUUUAGCUGGAGUUAAUCUGCACGCAGUCCAUAUGUCUCUGGAAGGCAAGCAGGCCAUGCUGGAACAACGGUUCAAGGUGAAACAGCUCAAGCGAGCCCUACAUUCAGCAUCUAAGAUGGAUGAGAAGUAUUUCAAAGAGCAGUACCGGCUUACGAGGGAGAAAGACAUGAAACACGUCCCAGUGGUGGAGCUUCACAUGUUUCCCUCUGACCCGCGAAAUGCAACAUCAAUUUGGAAGGUCCUGGUUGUUCCUCGAGCACGCGAAGUCUUUGGUCGCCGUUUGUUUCUUUGCAAAGCAGCUGACCAAUGCGUGGCAGAUUUGAACUUUGAAGCCUUGCCACGGCGCUUGCAGACUUGGCUUGGACAAUGGGAUUCCAACCUCGACAUGCGCAGGUCCACCCCCACGGAGGUGAUCCUCUUCACAGAGAUGGCUGUGAUCGCAGGUUUGAUAGUGCUGCUUGGAAGUCUUUGUGGAGUCGGCCUCUUGUGGUGGCACAAGCGGCGGCAGCAAGCGCCAGAGAUCAAAGCAGCCGUGAUGGCUGAGAGGCUCUCGAAGGAAGACUUGCGCAAGGUGUUUCAUCUCAGCCGCCAUUGUUUCCUGCACGAGAAGGCAUGUGACAGCACUGUGUCAAGCGAUGCCUUGGAUGCGGGUACCAAAGUGGAACUGCGCGAAGUGCAAAUCGCUGCGAGAAAAUCUACCUGGAGGGCAGUCUCAGGUCUUGAUUUGUAUGAGAUCUUUUGCCAAAUGUGCGGCCAGUGCAAUUUUGCCGUCUGGGGCUUGAUUCGUGCAAAGGAGGUUGAACAGGGUGUACGAGACUGUGGAUGGGCACUACUGUAUGAUGAAACAUGUGGUUUCGAGCUGCUGGUAACAGGCGCGCAGGCAGCCAAAUACCAGGCUCCAGAUGUUCUUGUGCAGCCAAUCAGCAACUUCAUGACAAAAACCUUGACCCUACUUGUUUCCUACUUGUCGGCGCUGUGGAUUCUUCUGGAACACAUGCGAGCAUGGUUUGGUUGGAGAUCCUUUUUGCUCAUGGCUGCCUGCCUUCUGGCUAUGCAUGCACUUGUGUUGAGAGAGCGAAGCCGAUCCUUCCUCUUAGGCUUGGAUUAUGAAGAAGUACUUGAAUCCGGUCAACUGCUACGCCUCGGGAAUGGGCAGGCAUGGAGCUUCAACAUGUUUCUAGCAUUGCUUGCACUCAUUGCCAGCAUGCUCGUGGUGAACACUCCACUUCAACUGGCUUCGCUCCCUGCCGGCGUGACGUUUUCAUUAUUCCUUGCUCUGCAUGUCGAGUCCAUGCUUUCUGCUAUGUCUUCCCUCGAAAGCUGGCGGGCACCUCAAAUGGAGCGCUCACAGUUCCUGUGCGUCGACACGAAACAGCUUGGCAUCACGGAUGAAGGGCCCUUGCAGCUCUCGAAGUCAAGGGCUUUUCGGUGGCUUGUUGUUCACAGCAUCCUCCUGUUCACGCUGGCUGUCAGCCUCCUCGUGGCGAACUUACUCAUGUUUUUUUUGAAUUGGUCUGUUUGCUUGCAUGCCGGCCCUUGUUUGCUGCGACGCCAAGCUCCUUAA